AUGCUUAUGCUACGAACCUUGGCUCGCCCGCUCUCCAGCAAUCUUUGCCGGCUGGCGUCCACAGCUCACUUGGACUACUCGCGUUAUCCCACGUUGCAGGAGUCAGACAUAGAGGAAAAUCUAAUGCGCGGCAGUGGACCAGGUGGUCAAGCCGUAAAUAAGACCAACAACUGUGUAUUUCUGCGACAUCUGCCAACGGGAAUAACGGUCAAGUGUCAUCUGCAUCGACUGGCGUCAAAGAAUCGAAUUGAGGCUCGCAAAAUACUUCUCGACAAGCUGGAUGUUCACCUCAACGGAGAUCAUUCAAUUGCAGCACAGAUGAAGCAACUUGAUCAGAAAAAGUCCACAGAACGUAAGCGACGACAAGGCAAACUGCAGGAGAUGAAAAAGAACUGGCAAAGUCGGGAAAGAACCGAAGAUGAAGGCGGCACAACUAAGAACUGAUUAACGAUGUUAACAUAGUAAGAAAACAUUUUAUUAUUAAGAAACAACUUCACCAACUGGAGAAGUCGCCAAAGCCGCUUGCGUUUUUCUUCUUUUUUGCGGGUACUACUGCCGUUAAAGAUUGUGCGUCAGGUCUUUUAGGAGCACUCGGUUUCAGGUACUUGCCUACGCCUUCGCGAUACACUUUAAGCGGCUCGUUUAAGCGUUUAUGUUGUUCAAGCUUUUUGGCAGCUACUUCUUUGCUGAUGGCUUCGUUGGCACGCUCGGUGGCCAAUUGCCCUGCGGCCUCUUCGAAUGGAUUGACAUACACCUGAGUGUUCUCUAUAAUGAUGUCUUCAAUGGGACGGUCCUUAUUGUCCACUUCAAUGUUUUCCAUCUUCUGCAGCGUCUCAAGGCCUCCCACCAAUUUGCCAAAGAUUGUGUGUUUGCCAUCUAGUUGCUUGCACGAGCGAUACGUUAUAAAACUAUCCGAAGAAAUUAAGAGUGUUAUUAGUCGAUCUUCAGCAAAAGUUUAUUACUUACAAUUGGGACCCAUUGGUAGCAGGUCCGGCGUUGGCCAUGGAGAGCACUCCACGUCCAGUGUGUGACAGAUUUGGUUUGAAUUCAUCCUCAAAUGGCUUGCCCCAAAUGGAUUUUCCGCCGGAUCCCGUACCCGUAGGAUCCCCGCCUUGUAU